AGUGGGCGGGGCAAAGGAUCUGUCUGAGACGGCGAGGAGUGAUUGGAACCUUCUUACCCCUCCCUCCUCUUCCCCUUGCCUUCCCGGGAAAGGCUGGGACCCGGCCUCGGGCUGUUCGGUGGCCGUUGCGGCCUCAGCUCCAACCCAGCCCUGGUACAGGAGUCUUGAUAGCGUCCAGGGCGUGUGCGUCUGACUGUGACAGCACAUCCCUUCCUUGGUGAUGGAACUUGUCACUGGGGAGGAGGACGAAGUCGGAGAGUAGCCAGCAAGAUGGGUUUCUCAGACAAGUGCCUGAGUGGGACUGAGUGGAAGCAUCAGGGGCGUGGAGCCUUGUGAACAGGGAAUCUACCCCCCAACAUUUGGAAGGUGCUGGGGAUUGAACCCAAGGCCCGGCACAUGCUAGGUCUCAGUGACGUCCCAUGGCCUUCAGGAAGUUUCCUCACAUUGAGACUUUUUGUGCCGACACUGUUGCUUGCUGCUUCAGGCUUGUAUCCUGACAUUCACUCCCUGUACCACUUAGGACCUGGGUUUCAGUGAUGAGACAUGGGGUAUGAUGUAACCCGUUUCCAGGGGGAUGUUGAUGAAGACCUUAUCUGCCCUAUUUGCAGUGGAGUCUUGGAGGAGCCAGUACAGGCCCCUCACUGUGAGCACGCCUUCUGCAAUGCCUGUAUCACUCAGUGGUUCUCUCAGCAGCAGACGUGUCCCGUGGACCGUAGCGUCGUGACAGUCGCCCACCUCCGCCCAGUGCCCCGGAUCAUGCGGAACAUGCUGUCAAAGUUGCAGAUUGCCUGUGACAACGCUGUGUUUGGUUGCAGUGCCGUUGUCCGGCUUGAUAACCUCAUGUCUCACCUUAGCGACUGUGAGCACAAUCCGAAGCGGCCUGUGACCUGUGAACAGGGCUGCGGCCUGGAGAUGCCCAAAGAUGAGCUGCCAAACCACAACUGCAUUAAGCACUUGCGUUCUGUGGUGCAGCAGCAGCAGACACGAAUCGCAGAGCUGGAGAAGACAUCAGCUGAACACAAACAUCAGCUGGCGGAGCAGAAGCGAGACAUCCAGCUGCUAAAGGCAUACAUGCGUGCAAUCCGCAGUGUCAACCCCAACCUUCAAAACCUGGAGGAGACCAUUGAAUACAACGAGAUUCUAGAAUGGGUGAACUCACUGCAGCCAGCCAGAGUGACCCGCUGGGGAGGGAUGAUCUCCACCCCCGAUGCUGUGCUCCAGGCUGUGAUCAAGCGCUCCCUAGUGGAAAGUGGCUGUCCUGCCUCUAUUGUCAAUGAGCUGAUCGAAAAUGCUCAUGAACGCAGCUGGCCUCAGGGUUUGGCCACACUAGAAACGAGACAGAUGAACCGGCGCUUUUAUGAGAACUAUGUGGCUAAGCGCAUCCCUGGCAAGCAGGCUGUUGUGGUGAUGGCCUGUGAGAACCAGCAUAUGGGAGACGACAUGGUGCAGGAGCCAGGCCUGGUCAUGAUAUUUGCGCAUGGCGUGGAGGAGAUAUAGGGGAGCUUGACUGGCUGUCAGGAGGAGAUGAAAAUCUGAAAACCCUGUCAUUCCAGCAGCUGGGCCCUGAGUCCUCCCUGUUUUUUCCUUAAGGCAGAGCCACAAAUCCCCCUGCUUUUCGGCACUGAAGAGCACUGGGACGCUUUGCUCAGCCUUCAGGGAGGAAACCUAGAUUCCUGUCUUUUGCCAUAUUUUUUCUCCUAAAAUGUCUGUAAAUUCUGUCUAGAGGGAAUGUCCCCACUUUUGUAUUUUCCUGCCAAGAGCCCAUGGUUCCAGAUAUUUGCAGAAAGCACAAAAAGAUUUGUUUUCCCUAGGGCUCAAGGUGGAGUGAGGAAUCUAAUCAUCCCUCUCCUGCAAAACCAGGGAAUCAGACCUAUUGACUCUUAAGUGUCAUUUAGAGGGCAGCUCUGGGGAGUAGACAUCCAGAAGAAAUGGUAAGGGUGAAACCAAAACCCUAGAAGUAAACAGGCCAUUCAUUGGCCAUCUCUUGAGGGAAGCCUGGAUCUCUGUGCCAAGCACUCCCUCUGCAGCCCACCGUAAGGUGCAGCACCCACCGAGACUGCAGGUGCACAGGUUGGGAUGCUGAAAGUUCUGGGUGAGCUCUUUCUUCCUAUACCUUCCUAAUGGGGGAAUGACAGGGCUAGGGGUGGGAGUUAGGUUGUUGGGUUCAUAUGUUCAACAAGAAGCUGCUUUCAGGCUUUUGCCGAAAUAGAGUAGUCGGGCUGGGGAUUUAGCUCAGUGGCAUAAGCGCCUGCCUUGCAAGCAGGCAGUCCUGAGUUCAAUCCCCGGUACCAAUAAAAAGACAAAAAAAAAAAAAAAAAAAAAGAAAUAGAAUAGUCACUGCCUUUUGUGGCACACCAACAAAAGUUUCAUAGACCUCCCUCUCCAGCCCUGUGAUUGUAGUUAUUUUGUAGUUAUUUUGAUAAUUUCCUUUGGCUGUUGUGUGUCUGUAUUUCACAAACUCAAUCUGUUUUCUACCUUUUUUUUUUUUUUUUUUUUUUAAGAAUGGCCUUGUCAGGGCUUACCCCAUAUUCUAGCCCAGCUACAUUGUUGACAUUUUAAUUUAUUUACUUUUUUUUUAAGAAAUGAAAAAGAAAAAAAGUCAAAAUUUAAA